CGGCAAUUCCCAAGUUCGAGCGAAAGGGGAUAUCUACUCUACUUAUACUAAGCCAUGUAAAGACCUAAUACUUCAGAAAUUUGAGCUAGAAAAACCUUUCACAAUGAAUUCUUCACCAUCAGUGAAAAUCGUCUCAAAAUGCUUCGUAAAACCCAAAACGAUCCCAGAAGAAUCAAAGACACCAUACAAUUUAUCCCCAUGGGACUUCGCAAUGCUCUCUGUUCACUACAUCCAAAAAGGUCUCCUCUUUCACAAGCCACUUCAUUCCACCGAAACUUUGCUUGAGAAGUUAAGAGAAUCUCUCUCCAUAGCUCUUGUCCACUUCUACCCUCUUGCAGGUCGCCUCUCAGCACCAAAAAACGAAAACACCAAAUCAUACUCAGUUUUUGUGGAUUGUAGCAAUAGCCCUGGUGCUGCAUUCAUCUACGCGACCUCUGACUUAUGUCUAGCAGAUAUUGUUGGCCCUAAGUAUGUUCCUUUAAUUGUUCACUCUUUCUUUGACCACCACAGGGCCGUGAAUCAUGAUGGACUCACCAUGAGCCUCUUGACAGUCCAGGUAACAGAAUUGGUAGAUGGAAUUUUCGUAGGAAUGUCGAUGAACCACGCAAUGGGAGAUGGCACUUCGUUCUGGAACUUCUUCAGUGCCUGGUCCGAGAUCUUCCAAGCACAAGAGAGCAACAAAACCGAUGACUUGUAUCUCAAGAAUCCACCAGUCUUAAAGCGUUAUAUCCCUCAAGGAUAUGGACCCCUCUUCAGCCUUCCCUAUAGCCAUCCUGAUGAAUUUAUCAGAACUUACGAAUCUCCAGUUCUCAAGGAGAGAAUAUUCUCUUUCUCAUCAGAAACAAUAAGAUUGCUUAAAGCAAAGAUUAACCAAGUAUGUGGAACAACCUCCAUCUCAUCUUUCCAAUCGCUAACUGCGGUUAUAUGGAGAUGCAUAACUAGGGCUCGAAGGUUACCUGUUGAACAAGAAACGAGUUGUAGACUUGCUGCAGACAACAGGGGAAGGAUGUAUCCACCUCUUCCCCGUGAUUACUUUGGAAAUUGUCUCUCUGCUUUGAGGACGGCUGCAAAAGCGGGUGAGCUUUUGGAGAAUGAUCUUGGAUGGGCUGCCUUGAAAUUGCAUCAAGCAGUAGCUGAUCAUACUAGUGAAAAGGUAACUCAAAUGAUUGAUCAAUGGUUGAAGUCUCCUUUUAUCUACCAUAUUGAUCGACUUUUUGAACCGAUGAGCGUGAUGAUGGGAAGCUCCCCAAGGUUCCACAAGUAUGGUUGUGAAUUUGGGAUGGGAAAAGCACUGACACUUAGAAGUGGUUAUGCACAUAAGUUUGAUGGGAAAGUAUCGGCUUACCCUGGAAGAGAAGGAGGGGGAAGCAUAGAUCUGGAGAUAUGUCUUGUUCCACAGUUUAUGGAAGCUUUAGAAUCAGAUGAAGAGUUCAUGUCUCUUGUUUAUAUUUGAUACAUUAAGAAUUUCUUCCAAGUUUCUCAACAUUUGCAAACUGUUAUCACCCUUUUAUUUCCUGCUAUUCACCUCAAUAAGUUUGCCAUCAUUUUUAUCAA